UUGUUGUUGAUUGCGGAAUAAACGUAAUCCGAAACAUAAUUUAUUUGCCUAUUGUUACGCCUCCAAAUGUUCAGGAGGUCGCUAUGUCUGAACUCGAACUUGCCUAUAUAAAAUCAAAUUUUUAAGAAAACGAGCAAAACUGGGCAAAAGAUAUUACUUUACCGUCAAAGACAAUAGUUAAAGGUACAAACUUAUGUUUUUAACUUUUGUCAGAAAUUGUCAGAAAAUUAGUUAUACUCCACGAAACACAAGGGACUCGUUAGAAUUUUCUGUUAAGAUACACAUAAAUUGGAUGUCACACAACAUAAAAACAGUACAACUAUACAUAUAUUACCUACAUAAGUUAAAAACAUCAUACCUUGACAUUUAUUUUCCAUAUUUUACUAUAAUUUUUGGAUGCGUAUUAACGAUUGUACUACGUGCAAAAGUAAGCAAAUAAUUUGGCUGGAAUUGCAUUCUCUCAAUCAGCUGUUUAACACUGCACCUUUCAAAGCUCAUAAAAAGAUUUAGUGAAGCUUUCGGUCAAUUAUGUUUUUGGUUUUUAUUUAUAUGAUCAAUUUUCUAUUAGAAAAUUAUUGCUAAAGGACGAUAUAUUGCCAUAAAAAUUUAGACUUUAUGCCAAAAAAAACGAAUUCUGGACCAUAGUGCAAUGGAGGGACUCCCUUUGAGUUAUGGAAAGGGCGAAGGCCAUCUGUGAAGCAUCUUUGCACCUUUGGAUCACGUGUUUCUGCACUGGAUCCGACAAGCUGGAUAAACCGAGGAAGGCGUAUCGUCCCUACGAUCCCGAAAAACGGUCAGCAAUGGUACGUCCUGACGUAAAAUUCUUGGAGGGAUUUUUCGUCAAACAUUAUUCGUCUCGAGCCACCUGUAGAAAUCUUACAGCCGGAGCCAGUAAAUCAAAUCAGGACACGAAGCACAGUGACUUAGACGAAGAAGGGGAAGAGUUUGUCUGCGCCAACGAUGAAGAAGAGCCAUUGGAACAGGUGGAAAUUUCUGCACGUCAUGGACCAGGUAGACCCAGAAUUGUACUUAUAGGCGAACGCGGCAGCCCUCGAAAGCAGUACAAUUAACUAAGUUACCUCGAUAGUACGGAUGACAUUAAAACACCGAAAUGCGUUGCAGAAGCGUUGAGCAGUCAGUAUGUUCGUAACUGGCAAGAUUCUAUGCAAACGGAAAUGAACACUUUACGAAAGAACGAAACAUGGCACUUUGUGGUCCUACCUCCCAAGCAAAAAGCUAAAUAAAGGCGGCGAAUUCAAGCGAUUCAAGUCUAGACUAGUUGAUAAAGGAUGCGGGCAGCAGUUUGGAGUCAAUUACUAGGAAACAUUCUCCCCAGUAAUCCGUUAUGAAACAAUUCAAAUGAUAUUUGCUAUCGCCGCGAGAAGGAGUAUGCAUCAACGAAAGUAUUUAAGCUGCAAAAAGGCAAUCUACGGCCCAAACCAAUCUGGACGAUCCUGGAAUAAAACACUCCUUACGUACAUCUCACAGAGCAGAAGUACAUUGCAGUAGACGACUUAGACGAUUAUCAUUUGUCCUACCGAAAAAGACAUUAAUAACAUCAAAUGAUUGAUUGCUGACAAGUUCGAGACACAUGAUAGCGGCCCCUAAAAUACUUUCUUGGAAUGGACGUUAAGCGAGUUGGUGAACUGGAGCCUGCAACCACCUUAUUAGCCACCUAGGGGAAGCAGAAUUAUUGUACAUCCCAAACGCACUAAACAAAUAGUUAUUAAGUAUCACUUCAUAAGAAAGAAAAUCGAAGUAAAGAAAUAGAAUUAAUAUAUGUAUCAUCUGAUAGAAAUGUUGCUGAUAUCUUAACAAACGGCUUAGGAAAA